AUGCUGGCCAAGCACCUGCGGCAACCGCUUCUCGGUCGCCGGGCCUUUGCUGCCAUCGGCGAUCGCUUCCCCACCGUGGACUUGCAUCUGGGCUUUCCACCAGCGAAGGUCAACACGACUGAGCGGUUGGCCGGAAAGAAGACCAUCGUCAUUGGCAUUCCUGGCGCCUUCACUCCAGUUUGUUCCAAUCAGCACGUUCCGGGAUUUCUUGCCCAGCAAUCGGCCUUGAAAGCCAAGGGUGUCGAUGAAGUCCUGGUCUGCAGUGUGAACGAUGGAGCAGUGAUGGAAGCUUGGGGCAAGGAUCAAAAGAUUGACGGUUCCAUGGUGACCUUCCUCGCAGAUACCGAGGGCACGAUGGCCAAGGCUUUGGACCUCGUCUUGGAUAAUCCCACGAUUCGAGAGAAGCUGGGAGGUCCACGCAUGAAGCGUUUCGCCAUGUUGGUCCAAGACAAUGUGAUCCAAGCGCUGGCAGUGGCAGGGGAUGAGGUACCCGACACGGCCACAUUUGCAGAGGCCAUUUUGGAGAAGUGCUAG